AAAAAAGAACUCUUUAUGAUAAAAAAAAUCCAAAUUCCAUCGAUAUUUUUCCACGAAUAUGCUGUACGAAUUAGGUAGUAUAGUAGACUCAGACGUGCUACUGUUUCGUGCGAAUAAUGCUUAAUGCAUGUUUUACAUUGAUUUAUACAAUAAAAGCCCAAAGGAACCGUUCGGAACCUGGUACUGAGGUGUGUAAUCAUUCCUCCAUUAAAGAAAAGCAUUAGAAGUACAAAUAGGUUAACAGUGCGCGUUUUCGUACGUUACUUUGUAUCAACAUUUAUCUAAGAAUUGUAAUAUAAGUCAAUUAAAGAUAUAUUUUAAUCAGUAAACUAGAUUUUGGUAAAAAAGUAAUUCAAAAUGGAGAUUAUGGAAGAAGGAAAUUUGAUGGACAGAGUUCGUAUUCUGCUCCAAAGAGACUGGGCUUACUAUAACGAACAUCAGAAAGUGAUUCAAGAAAAUGUAUGCUCUACUGUGGUUGGAGGUUCGCUAGAUUUUCCUUGUAACGUUACAUUCGUGGCCACUAAACUGGUCACAUGGUGGGAAGAAAGUUAUUAUUUAUUGUUUCGAUCCCUGUCCGCCAUAUUUCAAGAUGCAUCGUUGAUCAACUUCGAAACUGAAGAAGAAGAUAAUAUCAGUUUAAGUAAAUCAAUAACUUCGAAAGAUUUUGCCCUAUUGAUUUCCCAAUGUGCCAUGAAACUCAUCGAUCAUUUACAUAUUCUUUCUCAAGAAGCUCUGGAUCAUGCUGAUUUAUCUGUACUGACUGGUACUAUUGGAGCUGCUGCUUUGGUCAGGAAUACGAUUUGGGUUUAUAAUCAACAACUAGUGAAGACCAAUGCUGGGCCCCUGCUAUCAAAAGACUUGAAAAUAUUCGAAGAUAUGGCUGAAGCUUUGGCUGAACGAUUGUUAGAUCUGCAUAAUAGGCUUAUAGCUCUGUACAUCUUGCAAGAUGUCGAUUGCCUCAACUGGACGGACGAAUAUCCUUUCUUUGAAGGUGAAAGAUCGUCUUAUACCAUUCAAAUGUGGUGGCUGUAUAUUCAAGGUACCCAAGACGACUUAUGGAACACAAUGCCUCCGAAAACAGCUGAAAGAAUAUUUUCUGGCAUUUUAAACGAGUCUUUGACCAUUUUAACUUCAAGAUAUAUGCAAAUAAAAGCUGGGUAUGCCAGGGGUUCUCUGGUAACAGCGGAUAUUAGUAAUAUACUAUUGUGCGUGUUUCAAGUACUGCCCAACAUAUCAGAAAAUGCAGACGAGUUAUUGGGAUGUCAUGUGACGUCAAACGCAAUACGAGAUAUUCACGUCAAGUGUCAUUUGCUGCUGUCUUAUUUCAUUUUGAGGGGGACUCCUCUUUCUGUGCUCUAUAAGAAUUUUAAGCACGGAUUCUCCAAUGCUCCUUGUUUAACGAAAAAACCAGCCAACACGGUCGAACCUUGGAUUAUAUUCGCUGCUUCUGGACGAAACGAAGAAAUUCCCGAUGGUUUACAGAUUUGCAGCAUGUUAUCGCCUAAUUUGGCCAUUAAAUACGAACUUCUAGUACUCCUAUCUCGUGCACAGCCCAUCUGGCCAUUACUUUUGAAAAUCACAAGGAUGAACGAUUGUUGGAUCGUGCACGAAAUCCUCCACCACGUGAUUAUCGAACUCAAUGGCAAAGAAACCGAAAUGAACAGCGAACAGUGCAACGGGUUUCUUUGUAGAGAAGACUGUGCUACUUUUAGCAGUAUUGAAAACGCAGUCGUGUAUAUUUUACUCGCCUUAGGUAAUAAGAUUUUCAUUCAGAAGACUCUGAUCAAGGUUUUAGAAGAAGUGCCUGAAAAAUGGGCUGUAUAUUUUAGUCAUUCGCAGAUUUGGAAUCAAAACAGACCCCAGUGGAUACAAACAAUAUUAUCGAUGAUUGAACCAACGAUUAAAUACAUCAUUAAGUACGUUUCUCAAAAUAAACAUCCAAAAUCACCAGCCGAUGAAAUAAUCACAGAAUACAUAGAAAAUUUGACAUCGGUUGUUGACUGUCUUCCGGAAGGCGUCGUAAUUACGGCGACUUUAAUUGAAAAUAUUCUGCCACCUGAUAUACUGCCUGCUGGUGACUCUGUGCUCAUUCAGCUGAUGAUGACAGCUUUGUACGAUGAAUUGGGUAACGAGUCUCGUAUUUCCGAAGGUUUAUGCAGAACUGAGGCGAAAAAAUUCCAAAAUUUGCAGAAAAGUGUUGGCGAAGUGAGCAAUAGUACGAUUCCAAAUUUGAGUUACAUCGAAAACGAUAGCGUCAAUGAAAUCAUAGUGAAACAUAUGUUGAAAGAUAAAUUAGGGCGAGCUUCGUUAAAAGUACUUUAUAAUUAUCUCAAAAGUCACGCCGAUUGGUUAAAAGUGAAAUUAGGGAUCACUGCAUCUGCAAGUAUUAAGAAAACAUUACUUUAUAAGAUGUUUUACAUCGCUGACAACGAAUACGAUCAAGUUCUUUCCGGAGCAUGGGCACCGAAAUGGACCCCUUUAUUGAAUUUACCAUUGGGAUUAACAUUUGAAAAUAUUCAAGAUCAGUUAUCAAUAAGACCAGAAUUUUGGCAAGAUGUAAAAUUAAGCAAUCAUGAUAAAAUGGUAGUAGCUCAUUUGAAAUCAUUGUUUGUACCAGUUAUUAAAUAUGCUGUAUGA